AUGCAGCAACCCGAGGUAGCACAAGCUACAGCUCUCGAAGAGCGGUACGCUGCGAGCCUAGCUCAGUCCAAUGGCGCUACGUUGGACCUGUCGUCUCUCCGAUUGACUGAGCUUCCACCGCUAGAUGAACUAGCGCAACGCUUCCCACGCCUCAGCCACCUGAAUAUCCGUCGGAACGCACUGCGCUCCCUACCUGACGGCUUAGCUCGGGCGUUCCCACAGCUUUCAAGCUUAAAUGCAAGCGAAAACGCCCUCGAGGAGCUGCCAGCGAGUUCUAUCGGUGCGUUGCGCUACCUUCAGCGUCUCAACGUCGCGCACAACCGUCUGGGCGAGCUUUCGAUCGCGACAUUCGAGCGACACGAUGCACUCGAAGAGCUGGACGCGCGAGGAAACCUCAUUGAGAAGAUAUCGUUCGACAACUUGGACGAGAAGCUGCCGGUCGGAGCUGGACUACGGAAGCUGCAGGUGCUGCUGCUAGCGGACAAUCGACUGCGUUUGAUCGACCCGACAACGACCGACGUCCUGCCCAAGCUGCGGGUCAUCGACUUGAGCGGCAACCCCGAGCUCUCUGAAGCGCCUGAAAAGCUGCGUCGCCUUCAUGAACGGAACUUGCUGCUCCACUCACGCGCCAAGCGACGUGAACUCAUCACUCGAGCUCUGAGUAUCAGGAAGGUCGUGGCUCAAGCUCUCGCUGCAGCUCCAGCAGCGUCACCCACGCGGAUCAAGUAG